UCCACUCUCCGCCGGAGUCGUCCCCGGGCUGGACCACUCCCUGGGAAGAAGAGGGGAUGGUGGGGAGCCGCCGAAGCUCUCGCCGCUGACCUGCCGCCGCCGCCGCCGCCGCCGCGAGGGUGCCCGGGGUGGUCCUGGGGAGCAAGGCGGACCGCCGAAGAGCUGCCGUCGGGAGGCGAUGUCGUCUGACGCUCACAGCCAGAACAGGAGGCUGCCCUCCGAGACGGACAAUGGGCAGCGGGGGCUGGACCCAGAGCAGAUGCAGCAGCAGCAGCUCAAGCUACGUGAAAGGCAGAGGUUCUUUGAGGAGGUUUUCCAGCACGAUGUUGAUUUCUUCUUCCCGGUAUCUCAUCUGCAGAUUGAACACAGGAGACCUCCCCUUGGCAGCAUUUCCUCCAUGGAGGUGAAUGUGGACAUGCUGGAGCAGAUGGACAUGAUAGACCUUUCUGACCAAGACACUGUGGACGUGUUUCUCAGCUGCGGGACGGAGGACAACAACAAUGUCACCUCUCUUGUGCCAGAUUCCAACCACUACCAAGAAGAAAUCUCUCUGCAAGUGCCCAACGUGGCCGAGAUCAAAUCCCGGAUCUCGUCCACCUCUUCUGCCUCCACGGACCUGAACAGCCUGGACACCAGUGAUGAAGGGGCCGAGACUCCUGUGGUGCAGUCUGAUGAAGAAGAGCUCCAGCAAGACAGCCUCAAAGAGGAGGAGACCAGAAGUUAGCAUGGGGAGGGGGGUCUUCCUUCCUCCGCAUCCACCCCUCCACAUGGACCCUUCCGGCAUGAGACGAAGAAGGGACUUUACUGACUGGUUUUUGGACUCCCACUGAGAAAAGCCCACAGAGGCACUCUAAGCCAGUUAUGGUACUCAGAGAGCCCUUCCCCUUAGAAGAUGGUCAGUGUGUGGUCAGCAAGGGAGCAGAAGGGGAACUGGGGUGAGGUGUAAGGGUGCUGUAGAACUUCAGAAACUAAUUUCCCAGGCUUUUUCUGCUAACGUUCCUGCUUCAAUUCACUCUGAGUUGUUUGUGGCACCGACCACAGUUAUUUCAGGCAAGGCCUUGGUGCGCACAGCAUUUGCUGUCUCCUUAAUCUCGGUACAUAUACACACACAGACACACUAAAUGUUUAACUAUAAAAUAGUAGAAAUUAUAUUGCUUUC